UCACUCUAAUCUUCGACAGCAUCUGAGGAUCGACCUCACCCUCUACGCGGAUAAACGGACAGAAGGGAUUUUCUAUGUGACGUGGUUUUAUUCGUGAAUGCGUAUGCAUGUGUUCUGCACCGAACGGGCGAAAGAACCGCCCCAGAUCCGCAGCCAACAUUUUUCAAAUCGGUAAGACCUCGCUGCGGGAUCCGGAGCGCCGGGAGAGCACCGAGAGCGCGAGGAGAGCUCAGCGGGCGAUGGAUGACUGUAGAACGACUGUUCAGGAGUUCAACACUCUUGUGGCCCUCCAUCGUGAGCAGGUCAUCUCCAUUGGUGAGAACACAACUGACUGUCCUUCUCUGAGGGCACAUAUGCACAAGACUCGCAUCAAAGGAUGCGCCGUGGCCCAGGCCGCCUAUCAGAACCUCAUCGCAAUCUCUGGGCCAGAGGAUGGUGAAAUCCACCCUGAAAUAUGCAGGUUGUUCAUCCAGCUUCAGUGCUGCCUGGAGAUGUACAUAACAGAGAUGCUCAAGUCUCUGUGUCUGUUGGGUGUACUGCAGCUUCAUAGGAAAGGAAAUGACCUGUGUCCUGAGCCAAACAUGGACUACAGGAUAGAUGAAAGCUCUGAUGUGCCGAUGCUGGAAGAUCGAUCAUCGUCACCUGUGGAUUUCCCACAGGAGUCCUGGUUUGUGUGCACAAACAUUGAGAACAUAGAGAGCGAUAUGCGAGAAAUGAGAAACCUUCUAAGCAAACUCAGAGAGAAAAUGCCUUUGCCACUGAAAAAUCAAGAUGACAGCAGCCUGCUAAAUCUCACUCCUUACCCGCUGGUGAGGCAGAGGAAGAGGCGAUUCUCCGGGCUUUGUUGCCUUGUACAAUGUCAUGCUUAUUUUGAUGUUUACAGAUAUUUUGGAUACAGUUUGGUUUUUGUCAAGACCACCUUCUGCAUUCAGAGACUAAAAGCAUUCAAACGUGAAUUUGUGCAUUUUAUAUACGUUUGGAGGUGUCUGAGAUCGAAAUCUGUAAAGUUCAGGGAUUCCAUCUUCUUUAUGGAUCGUACAACAUUUCCCCUUGUUCUUCUCUUCACACUGGCUUCAGUCACACCCAUUAUGGGGUGUUUCUGUGACCACUACCCAUGGAGUUCUUGGUCCUAUUGUUCCAUGACCUGCAACUUUGGAACCCAAGAACGUACAAGGGCUGUGCGCUAUGAUGAGCAUUGGAUAAAAAACAAUUGUGGCCAGCUGUGUAAGAUAUAUGAAAGCAAAGGGUGCAAUGCUGAGGCUUGUCCUAUAAAUUGCCAAAUGACUGAGUUCACACCUUGGUCAGAGUGCUCGCCAUGUGCCAAGAAAUCUUACAGAACCAGGUCUGUGUUGAGACCGGCUCAGUUUGGGGGAGAAGAUUGUAGCGAACCUCUUUCGGAGGAAAGACCCUGUCAUCCCUCCAAGGAAUGCAGGAUUGAGCCUGUCAACUGUAAAGACAAGUUUACCUGUGACAGUGGAAGAUGUAUUAACUCAGUUCUGAAGUGCAACAACCAAAACGACUGUGGGGACAACUCUGACGAGAAGGAUUGCGGGGAUACAAAAAAAGUGUGUGCAAGUCAAAGACUAUUUGCUUUCAUUCCUGGAGCAGACCUGAUUGGUCACGGAUUUGAUGCAAUGGCAGAGAAGAAGAUGGGUUCUGUUCUGGAUAACUCGUUCAUGGGAGGGGACUGCAAUAUACAAAAACACCAGAGGAACUACUACCGAAUGCCUGCCAACAUUGAGAACUUUGACAUUAAGGUGGAAUAUAUUGAGGAUGUUCAAAAGAAACCAGUCAAAGUUGAAAAAGUCAGCUUGACCAAAGAAUCGCGCAUACAUACUAGUUUCUUCAAAGAGGCAAUCAAAUCAUCUCAGCAAAAGGACUCAGAGUUUUAUAGGGUGCAUCAGGAUAUUGCCACAUCAACGUUCAGAAUGAAAUCCUCUGACCUCUACUUGUCAGAUCAUUUUCUUCAGUACCUAAACAGUCUGCCACUGGAAUACAACUAUGCCCUUUACAGACAGAUCUUUCAGAAGUUUGGGACACAUUAUUUAAGCUCUGGCACAUUAGGGGGGAGGUAUGACCUCCUUUUCCAAUACGAUCGAGAAGAACUGAAAACUUCUGGAUUAACAGAAGAAGAAACAAAAAAUUGCCAUAGUCAGGAUAACAGUAUCAAUUUUAUAAUCUACACUAGAACAUCACAUAGUUCCACGUGUGGAACACAUCAAAUAAAAACCAAAUAUGAAGGGUCAAUUAUAAAAUCAUCUGAGAAGAGUUUCACUUCAGUGCUAGGAGGCAGAAGUGAAUUUGCAGCAGCCCUGUCCUUUGAGAACAAGGGUGUAUCACCAGACAGCAAUACGUACAAGGACUGGAUCAAAUCUACCAUAGACAAUCCAGAUAUUAUAGAUUAUGAGCUGUUGCCUUUAGUGGAUUUGGUGCAGGGCUUCCCUUGUGCAGCAACAAAGAGAUGGCAUCUUAACAGGGCACUGGUAGAGUACCAGACAGAGUUUGACUCUUGCAAAUGUACCCCCUGCCCAAACAAUGCUCGGCCAGCUCUGUUCGGAACACAGUGCACUUGUAUUUGCCAGACCGGGACCUACGGAGAUUCCUGCGAGAAACGAGCGCCAGACUACACUGCAGUGGCAGUUGAUGGGCGCUGGAGCUGCUGGAGUUCCUGGACUUCUUGUGAUGCCACCAUGAAGAGGCAUCGCUCACGUAUUUGUAACAACCCUGCACCUCAGCAAGGGGGCAGACCCUGCGAAGGUCCUGAUAAACAGGUGGAGGAAUGUACCAUCUCAAUUUUUAAUAAGCAAAAUGUGUGCAUAAAUGAUCAUGCUUCUGUGACAGAAGGGGACAGUGAGAGCAAGUUGCCCCCUGGAGCUUCCGGCUGUCCCAAACCCCUUCCACCUGUCAACAGCCAUCUAAGGAUCAACAAACGUCAGUAUGAUUAUGGAGAUCAUGAGGAGUUUGUUUGCUUCACUGGCUAUGAGCUGAAUGGAUACCAGGUCAUUCAUUGUCUGCAAGAUGGUACCUGGGAGAAACCAAAGGGACGGUGCAUUAAACAAGUUUGCCCCAAACCCACAGUGCCUGAUGACAUGCAGAUACAGCCAGACAAAACCGAAUAUAAUGUAGGAAGUUCCAUCUUGUUGGCCUGCUUACAAAGUGACAUGAUUUCCUCAGGCCCUCAGUAUUACAGUUGUGGGAAGAGUCUUUCCUGGGAGCCAAACAUUGCACAAGACAUACACUGCAAGAUUGAUAAGCCCUUUGUGCCAGACAGCAGCUGUAAACUUGGAGAGAUACAUGAUGGCACCAAGUGUAUAUGCAUGUCCAAAGCGAGCUGCAGAAAUUAUAGGGAAGAUUUGUGCAUUUUAGACGCAUCGAAAGAGACUGCCAUUAUGAUGUCCCCCUGUGCUUUUAAUGCUGGCCGUUGUCAUGGAGACAGAUUAUAUUUUAUGAAUAAUGGACCAUGUGAAACUGACGCGGGCAGUCUGGACUGGGCCAAAUUUAGGGCCCGUGUAUCUGAGCAGAGCUCAGUGCAAGAACCCUGUGGUUCAGACACCUGUUACGAGUGGGAGACCUGCUCAGUAUCAAAUACAUGUGAGUGCAAAUUCCCCAGAACAUGUCCAAAAGAUGGGAAACACAUGUACUGCCUGAAAAUUGUGAGAAAGCAGAGCACACAAAGCAUGAAUUUGUGCAUGAUGGCUGCUAUGAAGUGCAGCAAGAUGGAAUUUGAACUUCUGCAUGAUGGUCCUUGUGCAAGUUCUUAAUUGUGCUCAUUUUAUUUUAAUGUUCAACACUUAAAGAUUCAAAAAUAACCCAAUAUGUAUUUGGACGGAUAAACAAUUGUUGUUUUUAAUCACUCACAGCAACAAUCCAGUUAUUUUUUUUGUCCACUUUCUUGAUACUCUAUAUUUUUUUGUUACAUUGUGAUGGAUAUUGAUGUUGAACAGCACAAUAAAAAUCUUACUUCCAGAUGUAUUCUUAAAUGUAAGCUCUCUUUUCAUCUAAGGCUGAAGUGUGUAAUUUUUAAAUGUCAAAAUCUUCUACACUAGCUUAAAAAGCAGAGACAAAAAAGACUGUAAACACUGUGGUUAUGUGGUGCUAUUAAAACAAUCAAUGGAA